AACAGAUCCCCCCACCCUCUUUUCCCUCCUUUCAAAUAUUUUUCUACACAGAAGGAAAAGAAAAAAUAAAAACAGAAAAAUGAACCUCUCAUUACAAGCUUGAAACCAACACUUUCGUCCGUACAAAUCUUCGUCUUCCACUGACACUGAGACCUAGCGGGUUUUCCCGGAGGUGCCGAUGCAAGACAUCAUCGGAUCGGUUCGCCGAUCCCUGGUGUUUCGAACCCAAGGCGGCGGAGGAGCAGCCGGCGCUGAAGAUGGCGUAGGGUUCGGUGGUUUAGUCGAGAAAAUUGGUUCCAGUAUUCGUAAAUCGAGAAUCGGAUUGUUCUCUAAGCCACCGCUUCGGGCGCUUACCCCACCGACAGCGAGGGACGACGCGCCGCCGAUCCGGUGGAGGAAGGGUGAGUUGAUUGGCUGCGGUGCGUUUGGUCGAGUUUAUAUGGGAAUGAAUCUCGACUCCGGUGAACUUCUUGCAGUGAAACAGGUUCUGAUUGCGGCAGGCAGUGUUUCAAAGGAGAAAACACAGGCUCACAUUCGAGAGCUGGAAGAAGAAGUGAAUCUUCUGAAGAAUCUUUCACACCCAAAUAUAGUCAGGUACUUGGGAACUGCUAGGGAGGAUGAGUCCUUGAAUAUCUUGUUGGAAUUCGUUCCUGGUGGAUCCAUAUCUUCGUUGUUAGGGAAGUUUGGAUCAUUUCCUGAGUCUGUCAUAAGAAUGUAUACAAAACAAUUACUAUUGGGUCUUGAGUACCUUCACAAGAACGGAAUUAUGCACAGGGAUAUCAAGGGUGCGAACAUCCUUGUUGAUAACAAAGGGUGCAUCAAACUUGCGGAUUUUGGAGCAUCCAAGAAAGUUGUUGAGCUGGCUACUAUUACUGGUGCCAAAUCAAUGAAGGGUACUCCAUAUUGGAUGGCUCCUGAAGUUAUUCUACAAACAGGACAUAGUUUCUCGGCCGAUAUUUGGAGUGUGGGGUGUACUAUGAUUGAGAUGGCUACAGGAAAGCCUCCGUGGAGCCAGCAGUAUCAAGAGGUUGCAGCUCUCUUCCAUAUUGGGACAACAAAAUCACAUCCGCCCAUUCCCGAGCAUCUAUCUGCUGAGGCAAAGGACUUCCUGCUAAAAUGUUUGCACAAGGAACCAGACUUACGGCCCACGGCAUCGGAGUUGUUGCAGCAUCCGUUUGUCACUGGGGUGUAUCAAGAACCUCAUCCAGUGUUUCGCACGUCAAUUUUGGAUCCUGGAAACAUCAUAGCAGCACCCGGGUCAAAUCUUAGAAACUCCUUGAACUCUUCUAUCAGAAGAUCCGCUUGCUCGGGCUUGAAAGAUAUAUUUGAAAUGGGUAGUUUGAGAUGUUCAACUAUAUAUCCCGAGAAUUUCUCGGGAAUGGGAUCACACUGGGGGCACACCAAUUCUGACGAUGAGAUGUGUCAGAUUGAUGAUAAAGAUGAUGACCUUAUGUGUGGUUCAUUAGUAAAGUUUGGAUCUGUCUUAGAGUCAAACGACUUGACCAAGAGUUUUAAUCCCAUGUCUGAACCAACUGAUGAUUGGCCAUCUAAGUUUGAUAAAAGUUUGGAGUUGGAUAGAAGUGGAAUCGACUCAUUACCAGGUCAGACAGCUCAAAUGGCUGAUAACAGUCUUGGAGCAUCUGUUCAGGAAGGCGAGUUUAAAUUUAGUUGUGGGCCAUCAUCUACAGCUGAAGACGAUGAAGAAGUUACAGAGUCGAAAAUUAGAGCCUUUUUGGAUGAAAAGGCUUUAGAUCUUAAGAAGUUGCAGACGCCUCUAUAUGAAGAGUUCUAUAACAGCACAAUUAAUCCCGCUGGUCAUCCAUGUACAGUUGGUGUUAGGGAUAGUGAAAACGUUCCAAGUUUUCUGAAUUUACCGCCUAAAAGCAAGUCACCUAGUCGGCUACCAAGUAGAAGAUUCUCUGCCAUGGUUGAUGCUGCCAAGACUGCCAGUCCUUGGUCCAGAAGUCAAACAAAAAAUGUGUCAAACGCUAGUAUUAGUAUUGUGCAUGGUCGACCGCUUCAGGAAAUUCAGCCACCACAGCUUGGUGAAUGGAAGGGUCUUAUUGGUACUCAGGAAGGAUCUUUAAGCCAAAGCACAAACUUCUCUGAGAGGCAAAGAAAGUGGAAAGAGGAACUAGUUGAAGAGCUUGAGAGGACGCGAGAAAUGAUGCGUCAGGCAGGUGGGGUGGGAGGCAAGACCUCAUCUCCAAAGGAUCCAAAUCUAAUUCGACAGAGGGAGAGGCAACGAGUUGGACUCCCAGGAAAAUGAACAUUGUACGUACGUACCAACUCAAAUUGUAUCUAAAAGUGUCACUUUUUUAAUUCAUACGGAAAAAAUAAGUUAUACCUUUUCCGUUGGGGGUGUCAUCAUCAUUCGUGGAUGGCUCUCCCACUGGUGAGAAAAUGGUGUCCAAUAGUAAAAUGGGUCACCUUCCCCCACUGUAUUUUUUGUAUUUUUUUUAAUGAUUUAUUAUUUCCAUAUAUAUCUCUCUUUUUAGUUAUUGCGGAAUAUGAAAUGAAGCAUGAUAUGGGGUACCUUGAGUUUGUAUGAAUAUCCCUUCUAUAUAUUAUUUCAAAUAUAUAUUAACAGUGUUUUGUGUAUAA